GGCCGGAUGACAUUUUUGUUGGACAGCCUUCUGUUUAUACCUCAACGUGGGUAAUUGUGACAGAACUUACAUGGCAGGAAGGUGAAAAAAAAUCUCUAAGUCACUAAUAUCUGGUUUUCUAGAUAUAAAAAUGGGUAAAAAGCGCCGCAGCGAAGACUCGGACGAGUCAAACACUCCGGCGAAAAAAGAAAAAGUCCCGGAGUUCAACGGCACUGUGUUUAAAGCCAUGCUGAAGGAGCCCACUACAGCCAUGAAGGGACUGGAGACAUUCAUAUCAACCGCUAAGAAGCUGCCAUGCUCUGACCUGUAUGAUGUGGUUGAAGGUUACAUUAAAAUCUCUAUGGAGUGUGCAGAAAUAUUCAAAUUGCUCGAGGGAGAAAAGCACACAGACAGAGAGGUGAUGCUGAUUUUUGAGAGUUUGGAGAUGAUCCUUCUAAGGACAGCCAGUGACCUCCCCCACUUCAACAUGGUUGGCAAUGCUAUUGUUAAAAAAAUAGUUUCUAGCCACAUGAAACUCCUGCAGGGAUCUCUCCAUUCUGAAUAUCACAGGUUUGUCCGACAGUGCCUCAGUCUCCUGUCCGCCUUGGUAUCUCAAGGUCCAGAAGCUGCGAGGGAGAUCUUAAGUCACAUUUACAUCAAUAAAACGCUGUCAGGACUGGCAAAGAGAAAGGAUAAGAAGGGAAGACCUGAUGUCCGCAUGGCUUUCAUCAAGUUUGUGCUGUCAUUUUUGGUGUCUGGAGAUAAUGCUACAGUCGGACAGAUAUUAGAGAUCAAAGAGCUGCUGCCAGAGAUCCUGAGUACAGGUCUGAGGGAGGACAGGAUGUCUAUAGUCAAUCUCAUAUUGUCCACUCUGAAGUCUAGAGUUUUACUAAACAAGGGCAUAAGUAAAACACAGAAGGUGCGUUUUUUCACACCUGCUGUACUUGCUAACAUCGCCUCUCUGUAUAAAUGGAAUGGGAUUGUGGACGCAACCACUGAUGAUAACAGUGUGGUGGAGAACUCAGGGCAUGCUGGGAUAUCUGUCAUCCGAGAACUUGCUCACAGUUUCCUCCUCGACGUGUGUUGCUCUCGAAAGCAUGGCAUCAGCUUUCAUGAUGCCAGCUUUGGCACAGCCGGCAGAGCUGGGAACAUUGUCUUGCUUCAGUUCUUGGUGGGGCUGAAGCAGGCCACAGAAGAUGAACUGGUGGCAGAGCUGGUGGUGAACGUGCUGAAAGCUAGCCCUGAUGUGCUGGCCAGAUACUUCAAGGAGACUCAGUAUUCAUACACCCCCCGCCCCAAAAGUGCUUGGCAGGACAAUGUCAAGUUACUUAAAAAGAUCUACGAGGCUCAACCAGAGCUUUCUGCAGUCUUUCAGACUGGUGAGGUCAUCCCUCUUCCUCGCCUGCUCUCCAUGAUUAUGGUGAUAUCUCUCCCUCCUGUCUGUAACAAGGCCUUCUUCACACAGGGCCUCAGUCUUGCCAACACAGCGGUGCAGCUCACAACUCUGUCCACCAUGAAUUUCAUCCUGAAAAAGGCCAACAAGAAUAUAGAGUACCUUUUGGAUAAGGCCGAGUCGCACAGCUCAGAUGUACACACUCUUGACAUGAGGGAGGACUUGGUGCAGCAGUACAGGGAGACACUGAGCAAGAUUUUACCCGAUAUAGCGAGCAUAGUUUCAAAGUGGCAGUCACUUAGCAAGAAGGAAAAAACGGAUGGUGAAGAAAAAAAGACGGAAACGGAAGGCAGUGCUGAACAGACAGAUGAUAAAACUGAAGUGCCUGUUGCAGAGACAGCUGAGGUCAUCCUGCUCAAGGCUCUGAUCCUUCAGGUCAUUUGUCUUUACCAGAAAGUGGUGCCACAUCUGGUUAGCCAGUGCAAAUUUGACUUCAGCAAGCUCUUAAAAGGGAUUGUGUCAGAAAAAGGAAUGAGGGAAGAAGUCCCCCCAGUUCUGCAGUAUCAGAUACUGCAGUUGGCUUUAGAUCUUCCUGCAAGCAAGUUCUCCUGGUUCCGCAUACAGGAUGUCACAGAUACUGAAUCAUCAUCUGGAGAGAAGUCAGUACUUUACCUGCUUCUCAAGAUGUUUGUCAGCAGCAGCAACGGUCACCUGAAAACCUCCACACGGAUGCUGGUUCUAAAAGUGCUAAAAGACAGCGGGGUGUUUGAGUACACCUGGAAUGAACUUGAGCUCUGGCUUGACCAGCUGGCCAGAGCAGAGCCAAACUACCAAGACACUGUCAUUCAGUUCUUGGAGAGGGUGUUGGUGAAACUGGUGUGUAGUUCCCACACAUACACAGAUAAAGUUGCCAGCCUGGUCCAGGAAGCAGCUUAUCUGCAAGCUAAUCUGAGCAGCCAGGAGAGUGACGCUGCCAGUAUCCCUGUCUCUCACAUAGAUGAUGUCUUAGACAUGCUGGAUGUCAUUAUGGAGGGUAAUGACGGUGUGAUGGAGGAGUUUGGUCCGUCUCUGAGUGAAGACCUCAUCCUCCAAACCUUUCCCUUCAGUGCGGUGGUGCCUGCUGCUCUGGAGGCCCGAAACAAACUGCCAGCAAACAAAGGAGUGGUGUUUGAGUACGUAUCUUCUGUGCUCUCUGAUGUGCUGCACUGUCAGAGAGAGCCGCUUCCCUUAUGUCUGGCUCUGCUGCAGUACGAUAAAGAGCUUGCAUCCUCUGAACUCUCUGCCUCUCCUCAUCCUGCUGUCAUACACCUUCAUCAGUAUUACUCCAAAUGGCUGCCACAGCAGUGCCGAGAGGAACUGUUUAAUUCCUCAGAAUGCCGUUCAAAGGGAUUGUCGAACCCCAGUUCAUACACUGCACUGAUGAAAGCAGCAUAUAGCGAAGGACCGAGCGCUUUGCUUAAGGACACCUUCAGGAAGAAUGUUGAAGAAACUCUACCUCUCAUGUCGAUGGCUGAGUUUCCAGUAGCAAUCAAGCAAAUCUUACUCUACAUCAAAUCAACAGUGGAAAACUUUGGCGCGUUCUCCAAAGACACAGGAGCUGCUCUUUUGAAGACUUUUAUGGGACAACUCCAGGAUUUGGUGACUAAGCUACAGGGCUUUCAGGAGACCAAAAAGGCUGAGCCAGCAGCAGAGAACUUCCAAGAAGGAUCAGACCUCUUCCUGGAACUCAACCAGUUAUCCACAGUGGAAGCCGAUAAAGAGCAGAUCCUCAUUUCGGCUCUUGGCUCCAUCUUCAAGCAUCCAUGUUUGGAGCAGUGGUUUCUGGCUCUGGAGCUGUCUGCUUUGCCUCCCCAUACUCUGAACCCUGUCAGACUAAAGGGCCUCUGUUCUCAGCUGACUGAUGACAUUCUGGCCCUGCUGAAGGCCAGCGCCCCCAUUCUUCAUGAUCUGGGUCACCUGGAGAUUCUUUGUAGCUACAUGGGGGCUAUAGAAAGAGCUGCUCUUAAGGAACUGAUGGAGAAGGGCUCUCUGGCUGCAAAGACACAGUCAAGACCUUUCCAGGCUCUCCUGUCUCUGCACAGCUACAUGGACUCCUGUAAUGUGAGAGAGGUCGUCUCCAAGUUGCUACUCCUCCCCCGGGAGAGCCUCAUCUCUCCUAGCAGCGAGGGCACACAUGCUGAGCUUAGUGUCUAUGGUCAUGCAACACUGCAGAUCCUUACAGAGUGUAAAUCUAACUCUUCCCAGGACCACAGCACCUUUUUGACACAGGCACACCUCCAUGGCCUGGGCAUGCUGCUGUUGUCCUGCUCCAGCCCUGCACUGGAGGCAUUCCUGCUCCAGGCUCUUUCUAGUGAGCCAGGCAGUGCAAAACUCAUCCACACAGAUGUGCUGCUACACUGUCUCCAGCGGCCUGGCUCAGACACUCGGGCCAUCUGCUCCCUGCUGCUGCAGAACUCCUCUACCCACCGCCUCUGCUUUGAAGUGUGGUGCCUAGAGCCAGCAAACAUGGAGAGGCUCUCAGAACAGACAGAAACAUUUCUUCCACUGAUCAAUACCUACUUACAGGUGGCAAGUAGAGAGGAUCCAGCCAGACCCAAAGAUGUGCAAAAAGAAGUUUUAAAAUCCUUGAAGCAAGCACUCCUCGCCAAAUUGUCCCAAUGUGUUCUGGGAAACCUGACAGAAGACCCUGGAGCCCAGCUUGCUGAAACUCUAGCCAAUCUGAUCAAGCUCUCUGCAAACAUCAAGGACAUCAGGGAUUUGAUCAACAAUCUGCCCAAAGCUCUUCAGAAAGUAGACAGUUUUGAAAGGUGGCAACUAGUAGAAGUUAUCACUGAGAAUCUGGCUGAUUGCCCGGAAGAACAAGAAACCUGGAGGAAGUCUGUCACAGUUGCUGCCUUUAAGUGUCUCAUCGCCUCUUACAGUCACUCUAAAGAUCAGGCUACACCCCCAUCAGAGCAGGAGCAGAACAUCCUGGAAAGACUGCAGAGGCUCCUUACAUCAGCAGAUGACAUCACUGCAGCUGAAUGGAACAGUUUUGUCAAGAAUGGACUGAAAUAUCGGUACAGAGAUCACCACUUCCUGAACACUUUGAGCAGCCUGUUGACAGUGAUGUAUGGUGGCAGUGAAGUCCAGAAGGACCUGAUACCUUUAUCCACCCUUCACAUGAUGACCAGCAGCCACUCUCUGUUCCUGCCCACCAUGCUGGACUCUGAUGAAGACCCUGGCAAAUGUCAGGUUAAAGAAGCGUUAGUGUCCCUUCUUCUCUGUCUGGUGAAGAAAUGCCCAACAGUCUGUGACAUCAAUCACUUUGUUGUACUUCUGGGAGCAUAUGGAGCUACUCUGAAUACUUCAGAUCAGAAACUGUUACUGCUUCUUCGGGAAUAUGAAAGAAACCAUGUCAGUCUGGUGAAGUUUCAAUCUUUCUUGUGGGGCCCAGCGGCUGUGGAGCACCACAAGACCAGGAAAAGCCUGGGAGCUUCUCUCUGGCAGCAGGCGACCUCGGACGACCUGCUGGCCCUGCUGAAAACUGACAGGAUGCUCCAAACUAUUGCGCACUUUCCGCAGCAACGUAAAAUCAUCCCGCAGAAAGAAAAUGAGUUGCUGUACGACAAUAAUGCAGUGAAGGACUAUGGGACUUUGUAUGAUCCCUGUUUUCUUUUGCCUCUAUUCAGCACCAUACUGCAGCCAGAGUGUGUGAUUGACUGCCUUAAGUUUGUAUCCAGCCACGCUCUUGGAGUAACUGUAAUGGCUCUAAGUAGCUACGACCCAAAGGUGAGAGCGGCAGCAUACCACGUGCUGAGCUGCUUCUAUCAACAUCUGGAAGGUGCCCGGCUCAGGGAGAAGAGACAGCUGCUCUACCUGAUGGACACAGUGAAGAAUGGAAUUCGACAGCAAAAUCAGAGACUGCCAUUCAUCCUGACCACUUACAUCACAAAAGUGGCUCAGCAGAUGCUGAAACCUGAGGACCACAUGUAUGUGGUUUUAAACAGGUUUCUGCUCUCCCAUCAGAGUUUAGACUUCAGAAGAGUCCCUGAGUUCUUCAAGCUAUUCUAUGGCUUUGAUUUGGAGCACAAGAUGGAACGCGAGUGGAUCCUGAGUGUGCUGGAGGAAGGCAUAAGUGAUGGACACUGCUAUGAACUGUGCGACCAGCAAAGCAUCUUUCAGAGCCUUUUAGGCUUUAGCAGCAGCCCCCUGUGUGAUGAACACUCCCAGGCACAGAUCAUCAGGGUGUUGUGCCAGGCCGCCCGUGUAACCAAAGCAGCUUAUAACCUCACUAAAAGCUCUGGGGUCCUAACCUGGAUAAUACAGGUGGUUGAAAAAAGGAAUCGAGACCAGCAGCUGCUAAGUGCCAUCAUAGAUCUGCUUCAUGUGCUGUGGUUUACUAACCUCGGGCAGAAGGAGAAGCAGGCAGAUGGAGUUAAAACCUCCUCACCUACAGAGGAGAAACCCCAGAGAUCAGUGAAGUGUCUCCCUCUCCCACUCAUCAGUGAUUUCCUGUGUGUGGCAUCAAGUAUCAGCAGACAGCUCAGGUUGGGUCUGAAGGCUGCUCAGCUCAGUCUGUUUCUGCAGACUCUCAGCUCCAUACUGAAGCAUCGCAGGACGGCUCUCAAUGUAAACAAACAGGCUGAGAGGCUCACCCUCCACCCACAGCCUCUCUCCUGCACUGAAGCCCUCGCUCUGCUUCUCUGCUGGGCCUCCUUGUCUGGCGACAUGGCGCUCUUUGCCCAAAUACAAGCCUUGUCCGAAAAGCACAAAGUGAAGGAACUGCUGGGGAUGGGGAAAGAUAAGGCCAGAAGUAAAGCCUCCUUUUCCCAGGCCUGCACAAAAAAAGAGAACCUGGCAGAAGAUGCUGAACCUGAGAAACAAGGAGAGAGUCCCCUGACAGCAUGUAAACUUUACCUCAGCAGCAUCUUUGUUCACUGGGAGCCCGUGUUUCCUCUUUCCAAACCCAAACAGGUUCAGCCAAAAGACAAACUGGAUUCCAGUCAUUUGGCCACUGAUACCGCGCACCUGCUCACCAAGUGGUCCCUUAGGUGCAUGGUGGAAGACUCAUAUGAUGAAAACAGAACAAAGGACUUUGUGCACUGGGUUGAAAAGGCCGUGAUCAUACACAGGGAUAUUGUGGAUGUUGUGUUGCUCGAUUCUGGCCUGAAAGCUGACCUCCUUCGACUUUACCACCAGGCCUUUGAAGCUCAGUGUCACUCCAGCUUUUUGGCAAGAGUGGAAACACUCCAGCGAUUUACCAACAUUAUGAUGCGCUUACUGGAGGCCCAAGACCAGCUUCCAGAGCUGCAUCACACAGUUGUCUCUGCCUGCCUGCCAGAAGCCACUCAUGAUCAAUCUAAAUAUGAAGCAGGGCUGUAUCUGUUGUCGUUGUACAUCCAUGAGUUGUGGAGUGGGGCCACAUCACCAGAGCUGUUCUUGUCCCAUGUCCGUUUGGUGACCAGAGUCAAGUGUAAGAGACAGAAAGCAUCCAAAUCACCACAGACAGCCAUCAGAGCCAUCUGUAAUAACAUCACCUUGAAGACUUAAAUGUAACAUCUGAACACAACCGUGUUCUUUGAAAUAGACCCAAUUACAAGAAAGCUUGUACUCUUUGAUUUAUUUUUUUGUGCCUUGUUUGUGUCCCUGUAAAAAGAUGUGUUUUUGUAAAAUGUUGAUUUACAAAUGUCACAUAUGUGUUUUUUUUUUUUUUAAAAAAAGAA